AUGGAAACACCAAUGAACACAGCAGUAGAAACAGUUGCAAUGACACCGGUGGUGACAGCCGCUGAAACAGCUUUCGAGACACCGUUUUCAACAGCAGACAAAACAGCUCAAGAAACACCAUUUUCUACAGCUGUUGAAACACCAGCAUUGACUGAAUCAUCAACACCAUUUAACACUCAAUAUCAGACAGUUUUUGAAACAGCUUUUAAAACACCAUAUGAAACAGUUUCUUCAACACAACAAGAAACAGCUUUUGAAACACCAUAUGAAACAGUUUCUUCAACACAGCACGAAACUGUUGUUGAGACACCAUUUGAAACAGCUGUUGAAACACCAUAUGAAACAGUUUCUUCAACACAACAAGAAACAGCUUUUGAAACACCAUAUGAAACAGUUUCUUCAACACAGCACGAAACUGUUGUUGAGACACCAUUUGAAACAGCUGUUGAAACACCAUAUGAAACAGUUUUUGAAACAGCAUUUGAAACGCCAUAUGAAACAGUUUCAUAUACCUAA